UUCUCUUACCAUCUUUAUCCUUCCCGGGGCAGCUCUGAAGAGAACAGGUGUAAGCAUUUGAGACCUUCAGAGAAGGGCAGAGCUGCUGUAACCACAGAGCAUUCAAUCUGGGAGUGGCCCAGGGGUGAUGUGUCCUGUUCCUUGGCUCUACCCCACUCCUGACAGGGGCCCUGAGCAGCAGCAGCCCCAGACCAAGGAGGAGGCUGGCCCCUGAUUGUUACUCUGUGAUGAUUAUGAAGUCAGUUCAUUGCAUACCAAUCCCACCCAAACUAAGGGUGGGUCCCCUGCCCCUAGUCCCCAGUUUCUCUCUACUUCCUGUCAGCUUGGCUCUCCUGCAUGGUAACGGCUGUGGUCCCAAACUUAACCAGAUGGCGUCAGAGGCACUCUGUAAAGUGGGAGACGGGGAGGAGGCCAUGCUGAAGAAGGAAACCCUCCACGUUUUGAAUGCACUCAAUCAAAUGUUGAAGCCCUUUCCCAACCCCAAGUCUAUGAACAGGACUGUCACUACCAAAGGACUCCCACUUUCUUCAAGGGGCAGUUUGGUUAACUUCCUGGAGGAAGAUACCAUCGACCUACUGAAGCCGAUGCCAACGGAGGAUUCCGAAUGCAGCUCUGACGACACCAGCAUCGCCCCCAGCUCAUUCACUUUGUCGAAUCCCAUCAAAUUGGUCGUGACCCAACCCAGCAGCAGCUUCUUUGCAGGGAUGCUGGAAGGCGAGCUGGACAAACUCAGCAUCUCCUCAGUGGCUGAGAACACAGGAAAGAGGGACCUGGAGGUCCACCCCCAGCAAUCCAAGCCCCAAAUUGCUCCUGGCGGCCUGCUGGACCUUGACAACCCUGAUGUGGACGCAGACACCUCCUCAACACCCUCAGAGUCCUCUGUGACCAUGGAAUUGCCAGAGGCCCCCUUCAUCUAUGAACACACAGUCAGUAAUUCCACAGCUGUGAUUUCCUGGACCUAUGCCUUCACCAAGCAGCAGGUCAGCGUCUACCAGCUCCUGUUGCACGAGGCAGACAAGACAAGAGACAAGCUGCCCAAAGCAAAAAAUCACCGCUGGGUCUUCAACGAGAUUUUGGGCACCACUGUCAAGCUGAUGGAGCUGAAGGCUGACACAAGUUACUGCGUCACUGUCCGUGCAGCCAACACAGCUGGGGUGGGGAAGUGGUGCAAGCCCUACAGAUUUGCAACCGUGGCCACUGACUUGAAGAGCUUCCCCGAGAACAACCCCAUCCAGAUCACAGUACGGCGCAAGGAACCCCAGCAGAGAACUGUGUCCAUCGGGCUGGAGGAGAUGUGGAGGCUGGAAGACCUGGAAUACCGAUUUCCCUACUAAGGGGGAGCAUCCCAGGAAGCCCCUCA